UCUGGGAGCUCCGCGCGCGCUGCAGGAAUGGAACGUUGCUACAUUUCCCGGGUCUGACUGCUAGAGGCUAAAGUUGCACGCUGGGAGCUGCUGCGCGCCAAAGCGGGAAUCCGGGAGGCGGGCAGUUCUCCAAUUAAUGCACGUAUUUAAAACUCCGGACCUGGUGGACGCCAUGCACAGGAAGCACCUCCAGGAGAUUCCAGACCAGAAUAGCAACGUUACCACCAGUUUCACAUGGGGCUGGGACUCCAGCAAGACCUCUGAACUGUUGUCAGGCAUGGGGGUCUCCGCCCUUGAGAAAGAGGAGGUGGACAGUGAGAACAUCCCUGAGGAAUUGCUCUCAAACCUGGGCCUCCCACAGAGCCCCCCGCGGAAAAGGCUGAAGAGCAAAGGAAAUGAUAAAGAUUUUGUGAUCAUCCGCAGGCCUAGGCUCAAUCGAGAGAACUUUCCAGGUGUUUCCUGGGACUCCCUCCCAGAUGAGCUUCUCCUGGGGAUUUUUUCCUGUCUCUGUCUCCCCGAGUUGCUGAGAGUCUCCAGUGUCUGUAGGAGGUGGUACCGCCUUGCGUUUGAUGAGUCUCUUUGGCAGACUCUAGACCUCUCAGGUAGAAAUCUGCACCCAGAUGGGACUGGUCGGCUGCUGUCUCGAGGAGUGGUUGCCUUCCGCUGCUCACGAUCCUUUAUGGACCAACCUUUGGUUGAAACUUUCAGCCCUUUCCGAGUACAGCACAUGGACCUGUCAAACUCUGUUAUAAAUGUGAAUACCCUCCAUGGCCUUCUGUCUCACUGCACCAAGCUGCAGAACCUAAGCCUGGAAGGCCUACAGCUUUCAGAUCCCAUUGUCAAUAAUCUUGCACAAAACUCAAAUUUAGUGCGACUAAACCUUUGUGGGUGUUCUGGAUUUUCCGAAUCUGCCCUGAAGACUUUGCUGAGCAGCUGCAGGCGCUUAGACUACCGAGCUAUCUCCUGGUGUUACAUUUUUUCAGAAAACCCCAUUCUUAGUAGCUGUGCUCAUGUUAAAGGAUCAUAGUGACGGCACACGUAGUCCUCAUGUAAUAGUGACCAUCAUGUCUGCUUGUCUUUCCUAGAUCUCUGUACCUUAGUUAGAAGAUGCCCCAACCUUGUCCAUCUAGACUUAAGUGAUAGUAUCAUGCUGAAGAAUGACUGCUUUCCAGAGUUUUUCCACCUCAACUACCUCCAACACUUAUCACUCAGUCGGUGCUACGAUAUAAUACCUGAAACGCUACUUGAACUUGGAGAAAUCCCUACACUAAAAACACUACAAGUUUUUGGAAUCGUGCCUGAUGGUACCCUUCAACUAUUAAGGGAAGCUCUUCCUCAUCUGCAGAUCAACUGCUCCUAUUUCACCACGAUUGCCAGGCCAACUGUUGGCAACAAAAAGAACCAGGAGAUGUGGGGCAUCAAAUGCCGCCUGACCAUGCAAAAGCCCAGCUGUCUAUGAAAUACUUACUGCAGGAAAGGGGGAAAUGGAGGAAGCCCAACUGCUGGACAUUCGGCUAGUUUUAUCACUGAUUUUUCUUUAGCCUUCAUCCUGCAAGUAUUUCAGGGAAGUGUUUGAAAGAGAAAACUAUGAAGUAUUUCUUUUUAAAAAUGACUUUAAAACUUCUUUCAAUGCUGGGCCCUUAAGAGCCUUCGGAGAUUUUAGGAGUAUGAACCUAUAAUUUCCAGGUAACUUUUUAAAGAUCAGAAUUUGAACCACCUUUUAAGUGCCCUGUUGAUUAAAUCUAUUUUGAAUCAAGCUUAAAAAGUGACCACAGGCUAAUAGUUGUCACAGCCUAUGUGUAACUUUUAUGCAUUUAAUUUUCCAGUAUUGUUUUAUAAGACAUGGCUUAAAGAAACUAUGUUUGUACUGUGAGCUCAACAGAGUCACAGAAUAGCAUCUGAAUCUGGGGGUUAAUGCAUUUCAGUUUAAAAUUAGUUCAUUUAAAAUUAGUUUAUCAGAAAACCUAAUGUAACUCAUCACAAUGCCUCAGUAAAAAGAAGCAAAUUUAAAGGUGCUCAGAGGUUUAAAAUUGGCAUAGGAUUUGAAAGCUCAGGAGGCAAUUUUCUAUGCCAGGUUAAUCUGAAGAAUCUUUUACUGUUCAUUAAUGUACUGUGUUCUCAGAAUCUUGAAUUAGGUAAAGAAAUGUGGUUUUCUAACUUUAUAAUCAAAUUAUGUUAUGAGUUGUUUAGCUUUUAAAACUUGCUUGCUCUUAGGAAGAAUAUUACUGUAAUCAGUCUUGUUGAAAAGUUGGAUGAAGAAUUCUGAGCUGAUACUGCCUGUUUUCCUUUAGUGCUGGGGUUAUUUUUUAUAUUACUCUGGAAUCAAGUAUUUUAAAUUGUCUUUUUUAAUGGUAUCUCCACAUAAUUGUUUGAAACUACCCACUUUGUAAGGUCACUGGACCUAUGAACAGCUCGUUCCUUUAAAUCAGAAAUGACAAGCAGCAGGUGUUCCUGCGGUGCAGCUGCGCACUCCUCACGCCUCCAUCCUAUAGAAGAGUUCAGAGUCACUGAGACUUUUGAUGGCACCAGCGAUUUUCUGUAAAAACCUAGGACACUGAAGUAUAAGAUUAAAUGGUUUUUAAAAAAUCACCCAAAAAUAAAUAAACCUAGUGUUAAGUUGAUGACCUAUUUUCACAAUGCAACAGAAAAUCAAAAACCCAUCUUUUCUACUAACCACUUAAGUUUACCCCGAGCAUGCACUCGGCAGCAUUGUUUACAUUCUGUUCCAAGUUUCACUCACAAGUCGUAUUGAAUACAUUUGAUAAAAUUGUCGCUUUUGUAUUUCCUGUUAAUUAUCUUACGUAAAUUAAUGAAAAAAAAUGCAAUUUGUGGUCAUUCUAUAUUUAAAUAGACUGAUAGUUGGUUAACUUUAUUUUUUAAAGUCUAAAAUUUUAAAGGUCAAAAUAUGGUAAUAAAUGAAGUGCCCUUAUUUGCAUAGACCUAAGAAAGACUAGUGUUAUACAGGAAAUGAUUAUGCUUCACUUUCUUAGUUAGAAAGUGCUAAAUACUACUUGAAAUUAUUGUUUACAGAUUAGUGAUAAGGGCUGGUGACAGGAUCCAGCUGGACUCCGAUCUCCAGGUGCCUUCACAAAUAGUGCCUAUAUUUCCAAACACAGUUCCAACCAUAAGCUAUUUUUCCAACAUGUCAACAAAAAUAAUCUGUAUUUUUGUAUGUGAUUUCUACUUUUAUAGACUUGUUUUAAAAUAAAAGACAUCUUUGUAAGA